CAUGUUCUAUUCAUGUGAAAGAAGCCAUGUUGAAGCACCUGCUGUCUCGUAGUAUCAGACAACCUUCCGCUGAGUGGUCGCUCCUACUCCUGGUGAAGCUGCUGGGGCCAUGUACAUCGCUGUCGUCUGUCUGUGUCUGUUGGCCGUCGGCGUCCAGAGCGCCUCUGUGACUGACCUGUCCGGUCUGAAGCAGCUCAGCCAACCCAAGACAUACACGUGCACCCCCACAUGUGGCGCCGGUCAGUGCUGUGUCCACUUUUACACCCCCGUCCACGGACGCCGACAGCUCCAACCCAUCGACCUACCCCUGAACAACCCCUAUCCCGGCAUCACGACCAUGUGCAAGACGAUCCCGACCUCUGGAGAGAAGUGUCUGGUCCACAAUCCCGGAGAGUGGUGCGACUGUGCGGCAGGCCUCUCUUGUCGACCUAACGGCAAGACUGGACUAGACGCCUUCUUCGGCACGUGCAUCUAAUUACAGGUGCGCACAUGUGUCUCACUUCUGACGUCUUCACUGCAUAUUAAUAAGAUCAACACUGUACCCUGUUCUUUGUGUUGUUCCAAUAUGGCGUCCGUUACAGUAAAUAGUUAUUCAUAAUGAUAA